UAGAAGUAGAUUUCUCUUGAGGAAACCACAGUGAAGGUACUACUACUGCUUAUCUCCAAGAACCAAGAUCGAACUAGGCGGUGGACUUGGGGAUUCUAAGUUCCAACAAUCCAAUCUCCUCCUCUUCCUCCUCUCCUUGAGAUCCGAUCCAAUCCAACCCUGCGGCAGCCGCCUCGCCGGAGGAGGAGGAUGCACGGCCGGCCUCGCCGCCCGGACAAGCCGGAGGACGCGGCGGCGGCGGAGGCCAAGGCCGCCAAGCUCCGCGUCCUCCAGGCACAGGUCCUGCACAACCACCACUCCCGCACCUACACCAAGGAGGCACUCGGGCUGAGCUUCAAGCUGCUAGAGAUUAAUCCUGAGGCGUACACAGCAUGGAACUACCGGAAGCUCGCGUUUCAGCACAACAUUGGGGAGCUUUCCGAGCCGGAGGCCAUCAAAUCUGCCAUUGAUGAUGAGCUCAGAGUGGUAGAGGUUGCAUUGAGGCAGAACCCAAAAUCCUACGGGGCUUGGUAUCACCGGAAGUGGUUGCUAAAUCAAAAGCUCGCCCCAGUGGAUUUCAAGUGUGAAUUUGGCCUCUUGGAUAAACUACUGAAGGUGGACGCAAGGAAUUUCCAUGGAUGGAAUUACCGCAGGUUCCUUGCCAGAUUCAUGGGGGUUCCAGAAGAGGAAGAGCUUAAGUACACUAUGGAUAAGAUAAGUGACAACUUCAGUAAUUACUCAGCAUGGCAUAAUCGCAGUAUACUUCUGUCCAAUCUGCUAAUCAAACAGAGCAAGGGUUUCGAGUCAAAGCAGAAGAUCUUUUCAGAGGAGUUUGAACUUGUAACUCAGGCCCUUUUUACAGACCCAAGUGAUCAAAGUGGAUGGUUCUAUCACCUUUGGCUUUUAGCUCAGACAUCUAGUCCAGAGAAUCCACAGCUGAUUGCUUCGUGGCCUUCUAAUGGUUCAAACCUCAGUUUAUCUUCCUUGAGCUCCAUUUGUUGUUACUCACUGAAGGAAGGGAUUCUACCAAUUGUUCUUUAUUUUAAUGAGCCUGUGAAAGGGUUAAGUUCAUCGAGUGUGAGCUUGAAUUCUGAUUUGGUGGUUAGUAAGAACAUUCAGUGGAGGCCCCUUUCAGUAACAGAUUCUGGACAUUCUAACUGUUGGGUCACUUAUCUUGAAGUAUCAAACUUGGAAUGUAACAGUUUGCAGCAAUUUUCAGUUGAAGUAAGCAUAACCAAUUCAGAUGAAAUUGUGUCCAGAAGCGGCUCUAAUUAUAACUGUCCCGUGCAUUUCUCAUUUACCUUUGAACUCAGCAACAAUGAUAGUACAGCCAAGGAUAUUGAUCCAAUUCAUGAACUAAUCUCCUGGGAUUUCUCAGAGCCACUCCUGUCUCAUGUAAACCCCAGUUGUAUCUGUUUUGAGCAGUUAAAGAUCACUAAUUCAUUGGUUCACAAGGAGUCAAAUUGGCAUUUGGAGAGACUAUCUGAUGAAAUAGACCUAUUUAGAGAAUUGCACGAUGACAAUAGCAAGUUUGCAAAGUUGACAUUAGCACGCUUAUUGCUUGCCUGUGCUGCAAUAAAGUCCCGUGGAAGUUCUCUUGUUGAAAGGAAGGGAUACUGUGAAGAGUCGCUCGGGCUCUUUAAUGACUUGAUCGACCUGGAUCCAUCUCAUAAAAGGUACUACGAGGAUGAGCGGAGCCUAGUCUUAAUGGAUCAGUUAACAUGUGACAUGGAGGCUUUCAAGAAAUACUGUUCAGUCAAAGCUCUACCAAAGUUAGCUCCAUUAAACCAUGUUCAGCUUUGCAGAUUAUCUUUAACGCGUAUUGGAUUUGCUGAACGCUUGUUGUGGGUCCAAAUGCUGGACCUAAGCCACAACAACCUCAGAUCGAUUGAAGGUUUGGAGGCUUUGCAGCAGCUUGUAUGCUUGAACCUCGGCAACAACCAGAUCAGUAGUUUCACAGCACUUGAACCACUCACGAAGAUAAUUUCUUUGAAAGUACUGGAUUUAUCUUGCAACGAGAUUGGAACUCACCCAAUCGACACAACCCGGUACAUCUGCCCAUCUCCAUUCUCACAUAGAGUUGAAGCAUGUGAAGCUUUUGAAGAAUGCCGGAAGAAAAAUAUUAACGUGGAGGAAUUCUGGGAUGCCAUACUGUUCUUCAAACAUGUGAAUUUGGUACAGCUUUGCCUUGAAGGAAAUGCAGUUACCAACAAGGAGAACUUAAGAACUCUUGUGGUGACACUCAAUCCAUCUCUAAAAUGGCUUGAUGGCAAAUUUGUUCAUUAGCUGUCUGUCUUAUACAAACUUUGGAUAGGAUGGUCAUGUUGUAUACUGUUUCAUUAUCGGUUUUUAGGAACAUUAGGUGGCAAUUUUUGUAUGGCCCAUUUCACCAUUUGUACUGGAAUACUGGGUUUCAAAGCAAAUUUGAGACACGAUCAUGGUAAUUGCAGAGUUCUUUCUGCUUUGAACGAGUGAAUUGUUAAAAAUGAUGGUAUUGCAGAGUAGAAGAAA